GCCCCAUCACCCCAACAAUGCCGCCCACAUCGGAAUGCGCGCUUCGCAGAAUCUAAUCAUGGCACUCCAGACUGUUCCCCUCCUUGCGCGAGCAGUGCGCGCAUAAUGGCCAAGCGGAAGAAAGGCAGCACUUCCGAAACCCCACCGAGCAAGAAGCGACGCAAAGGAGACUCGCCCUCCGCUCACCACAAGCACGGCGACUUCGAUCCCGAUCGGGAGUAUAGGAUCAAGUCGAUUCUCGACGAAACCAAGACUCACUACCUCAUCAGCUGGGAAGACGACGACGCCAGCGGCGAGACUUUUGCCGACACGUGGGAGCCGAAGGAGAACGCGAAUCGUGAGGCUGUCCAGGAUUGGCGCAAGCAAAAGGGCAAGAAGAAGAACGUAGUAUCAACGACAGAGGUGCGCAAAAGAGGCAGGCCAAGACGAAUCGUCCGCAGCUCAUCACCGCCCACCUCGCCCGUGCAGCCAGCAGAGGGACUUCUCGAAAUCGAUGAAAGCCAGCAUUCGCCGCCACCAUCCCCUUUGCCACCGCAUCCGGACCAGGGAAGUCCUCUGUUUGUAGCGAGCCCGCCAUCAGACGACGCCUCGCAACCGCCUAGCGCCGCCGUUCACCCAUCAGCCCCGCCUUCGAGCUAUCUGGCCGGAGAGUAUCAGAAAUUCGCAUCAUCUCAAGCAACCCUAAGUGGAGUGUCUCGGGAUCAGCAAUCAUCCGCGGAGGCCGUGCCACAGACCUCGCUUGAGACCAGCGAAGACCAACAACAAGCCGCGCUCAAAGCUACCACUCCGCCAAGAUCUCUUUCUCCAAAGCCACAAAUCCCAAGCAACGAAGAUAGCUCAGCGCAGGUUGUCCCGGAUUCCCAGAGUCUACUCGACGCCGCACCCAUCAUCGAUUCUGCGCCGGCUGUAGUACCCUCCGACAUUCCUGCCCGUCUCACCCCGUCUGUGACGAACGCGAACGAGGUUCAGCACCCAGCGUCUUUCAUCUUCCCAGACGCCCAAUCCAACGGACACAUCUCAUCUGGAGAGCAGAGCGACAUCGACCACCCUCAAGGACAACAGAACCAUACCUCACCCUCUGACCUCAGCGACGCACCAGCAGUACAACCGGUGGGAUCUCACAUCUCUCUAAACACCGAAGGCACUGCACCCCAUCCGCCUCAAGCAUUACUCGACUCACCCAAUCGCCCUGUCACCCCUCCAAACCAGCCCCAUUCCAGGACCGGAAGCCUUUUCACCGUCACCCCGCCGCUGCGUCGUCCCCGUGGAGUGGAGACUCCCGCUCAGCUGCGACCUUUGGAUUCCAGUGCCUGGCAAUCUACUUUUCCCUUCCAGACACAGCUGUCCGCGCCGCAUCCGAGCACAUUCACCGCGUUCAACUCGCAGAUAGAUCUGAGCGCACGAGCAACAAGCCUCCCGGUCGGACAGACGUCUCCGAUCCUCAUAUCGAGCCCCAUUCCAGCGGUGCCGUCCCAGCCCAUUAAUACCAAUCCAAUUGGACUGCAGCAACCAUUUGGAGAAAGCGCUCCCGCCCGGCCAUUAACAUUCUCUACUCCAGAGCGCACUCCAAACCACACGAUGUCUUCCUCAAACCCGCGGCCGUCUGGCGGAAGAGGUGAACUUGCCGCGCGGAUCCAGGCCGAGCGUGCGAAAUUACACGCCGAGAGAGCGGCACGAAAAGCUGCAGCUGGAGUGGAUUCCAAUUCAGCCACUCCUCAGCAAUCUGCCAACCUGAGCAGUGCAGCCGCCAAUGCCAAUCUGAGCAUAAAACUGGCUUCACCAUUUGUGUUUGAGCGCGAGACUGCACGAUCCCCAUCUGCCAUUCCUGCUCAGAUGCCACUACCGGUGAUUACACUGGAAGAUCAGACUACUGCCGGGCGCUAUGAGACUCUCCUGCCCCAGGCACAGGAUGCCGCUACGGAAGAGUCGCAGAACAACACCAAUCGCACUGUCGAUGUCUCCGUAACACAUGCGACCCCCUCUGGUACCGGGGAACAUUCAGAGACAGCAAACGUCCGAGCGGUCCCUAUCUACUUCAUUGGGCACCAACGCGACCAGUACCCUCAGAUGGUGUACUUCUACCGAGACACCAUCCGCCGUUUCUUGACUCUCCCAAACCCCGAUGCACCCUUGACCGCAGACGUCGAGCGGUUCGUAGAGCGUCUUCGCCACGUUACCCUACACCCCGAUCUUGACAACGACGGCACCGCGACCCAAUACGAUGUCCAGCCUGCUCAGCAGGCGGAUUGGGAUGCGAGGUGUAGCGCGAAGUUCAGAUUCUUGAAGGAUCUCCUCGUCGGCUUGAAAGGGAGUCAGGUACGCAUUGCGAUUUUGUCGCAGCCUGGGAGAAUCUCAGAGAUCUUGGAGACGUUCCUGCAAGGUCUUGAUAUUCCUUACUCCCGCCCUAAUAGUCUCGCAAGCGAGGGGCAAAGUGACGGACCGCUGGUCACUCUUCUAGACACGGACUCUACGACAAGUGAUAAGCCGGUCGACCUGGUGGUGGCCAUUGAUAACUCGGUCAGGUUCGACACCAAGUCUAUCCAAGAUCUCAGCCGGAAUGGCAGCAAAUUCGCCCCAUUCAUCACACUAGUGGUGCCACGCUCCGUCGAGCACAUCGAAAGAUGUCUCUCCCCGACCCUUCCACAGCGAGCAUACCUCCGGGCUCUCGUCAGCGGAAUCCACCAGUACAAAGACGAAGCUGGUCGAAACUUCACUACCGAGCACAUCCCCAAGAAGACGGGCCAAACAUUGGCGCAGUACUUGCUACAUGUGAAAGCAAGCGACGGCGACAGCUCAGACUGGCCAUUGCCGCCAUUGACAAACUUGCCGGAUCUGGACAGCCAGACGGACAGUGAGCAAGAAGUUGUCAACACGAACAACACCGAAGCCAACGCUCGCACUGGGGAGAAGCGAUCACGAGAGCCGAGUGAAGUCGAUGCUGCAACUCCUGCAGAUGUGAACAAGCGGUCUCGCCGAGAAUCACCGCAGGCGGACGUUUCAGCAGCGAACGAGAUCGACCAGCAGCACGAAGAAGCAGUGGACGUCACGCACAUAAGCGACUCCAUGGGAAAGCCUACGCAACCCAACGAUUCCACCGAACCGACCACCUCAACCCCAGCUCCAAGCACAACCGAACAACGCCUGCAAAGCCUCCUCCAAGAAGUCCAAGACCGGCUCGAAGAGAACGUCAAAGUGCUCAGUGACCUACAAUACCGCUACGAAGAGCAGCGCACCGACGUGCUGCGCUUCACCGCCGAGCGCGACGACGCCAUCGCCACCGCGCAACAAGCCCUCACCCGCCUAAGCGAGGAAUCAAACAAGCUGUCCAACCUGCGCGUCGAAAACAGCUCCCUGCGCGAACAGCUCAAAGAAGCAAACGAAAGGCUGCUAGCACACUCCGUCCCCGAGCGAGCAGAGUUCGAAACGCUACGCCUAACCGUUGCACAGAGCGCGGCGGAGAAGGAGAAGUUGGAACGAAGGCUGGAGGGCGCUAGCAAGGAUACAGCGUACAUUCGCGAGCUCUAUCAGAAUUCGUCGGGCACUGCGCAAGCCAUGGUAGUAGAGAACGAGGAACUCAAGACGCAGCUUGCCACUGCGGAACGCAAGGCGGAGGGCGAGCAGGUCAAGUUGCGCCAGCUGGGCCACGAUGCGUUGAGCAAGCAGUUUGCGGAGGAGAAUAGGCGGUUGAAGGUUGUGGUCAAGGAGCGUGAGAUGGGGUUGCGGCUGAGGGAUGAGGAGAUUGCGCGGCUGAAGGAGGCGAGUGCCGGGCGCAUGGGAACGAGGGGGACGAGUGUGCCGCGGAGUCCGAGGCCGGGUAGCAGGCAGGCCAGUCCGGCGGCGGGGGAGCUUAGAGGCAGAGCGGCGGCGGCGGGGAUGCUGCAUCCUUUGCGCAAUGCGUAGGUAGGGGAAGAUUGGAGUGAUUAUGCUUGGUAGUCAGUGGAUGAAAUGGUUGACUACAGUUGGCACUGUCAUCUCCGUAUGGACGACUAAGACAAGCCCAUUUCCGCUGUUUCAUGACUCUUCAGACAUCA